GCCGCCCGCGGUAAAGCCGGGUCGCCGGGGAGUCAGUGGCAUGGAGCCCCGGGCGGCGGACGGCUACUUCCUGGGCGAUGUGGGUUUCUGGGUGGAACGUACCCCGGUGCACGAGGCAGCCCAGCGGGGUGAGACCCUGCAGUUGCAGCAACUUAUCGAGAGCGGUGCCUGCGUCAACCAGGUGACGGUGGACUCCAUCACGCCCCUGCAUGCAGCCAGUCUGCAGGGCCAGGCCCAGUGUGUGCAGCUCCUGCUGGCAGCUGGGGCCCAGGUGGACGCCCGCAACAUUGACGGCAGCACGCCUCUCUGUGAUGCCUGUGCGUCCGGCAGCAUCGAGUGUGUGAAGCUCUUGCUAUCCUAUGGGGCCAAGGUCAACCCACCCCUGUAUACUGCCUCCCCACUGCACGAAGCCUGCAUGAGCGGAAGUUCCGAGUGUGUGAGACUUCUAAUUGACGUUGGGGCCAAUCUGGAAGCACAUGAUUGCCAUUUCGGGACCCCUCUGCACGUCGCCUGUGCCCGGGAGCAUCUGGAUUGUGUCAAAGUACUGCUCAAUGCAGGGGCCAAUGUGAACGCAGCCAAACUUCAUGAGACAGCACUUCACCACGCUGCCAAGGUGAAGAACGUUGACCUCAUUGAGAUGCUCAUUGAGUUUGGAGGCAACAUCUAUGCGCGAGACAACCGGGGGAAGAAGCCCUCAGACUACACCUGGAGCAGCAGCGCUCCCGCCAAGUGCUUCGAGUACUACGAGAGUGAGACUUGCUUGAAUUUUAUGAUAGCGCAGUCUGGACAUGAAAAUGGUGAAGAGCAGGCCAUCCUGCUGCUGAAGGUGAAGUGGGUAUUGAAGACCCUGGCAUGA